GUCAAGUCCUGCCUAGCUUUUUGAAGCCGCUGAAUUUGACAGUUGACCCAAGCUCGAGUACAAAACACCGAUCCCCACCUUCAUCGUCAUCUUCCUCCACCGCUGAGAUCGAAAAUUCCUGCUAAGAUCCCCUUCCGAUUCUGCUAACGAUGGAACUCCUCUCCUUCGCCUUCGCCGGCGGUGGCUUCAUCCUCAUCGGAGCUCUCGAAUCCCUCGGCGCUUCUUCUACCUCCAAUCCAGAUUCCAAAACCAAGAAAAACCACCGAUCACCCUUUUUCAUCUCCAUCGCCAUCUUCUCCUCCUUCAUCAUCCUCAACUCUCUGGUUUCUAUCUUCGACGCUCACAAGUCAAACGACGCCGUUGGCACCGCCCUUCAAUUCCAGGUCCUCGCCAUCGCUUUGAUCUUCCUCCUAUACUCAGUUCUAGCCCUCUUAGUCCCUCUCCCCUCACGGUUACUGGGUAUGGUCGUCGCCUUCGGCUUCGCGGAGGAGUUUCUCUUGUUCUACCUUCAGAGGAAAGAUCCCAGCGGGGUUGAGAAUCGCUACUAUGAUCUCUUGCUCGUGCCCAUCGGGGUAUGCGUUUUCUCCACCGUUCUAGAGCUGGUAUCUUCUCAGGAAACGAAUAAUGUUGCGAAAUUAUCACGUGGGGUUGGGUUGAAUCUUCAAGGAACGUGGUUUGUUCAGAUGGGGUUUUCACUGUUCUCAAAUUGGGUAGCUGAAGGGUGUUCUUUGCAUGGAGUGAGUAGAGGGAACUACACCUUGAGGUGCAAGGGACACCCUGAGUAUCACAGGGCUAGGGCUAUUGCCACGCUUCAGUUCAAUUGCCACCUUGCUCUUAUGGUCAUGGUUAUGGUUGCCUCGUACUCUGUCUUUUGUGGGAGGAAUGGAGGUCCGGUUCACCCUGAAGCUUCGAGGUACACGCCGCUUGGAGCUGAGAUGCAGUCUUUGGAGAAUUCAGCUACCUUCACAUUGGAUUCUGAUGAUGAAGACAUUAAGGAUGGCAAUGUAGGGAGCCAGAAGGGAGUUGUUGUUGUCGAGCAUGGUAUGAAUGGUAAUGCCACUAAUCAUUGAGAUGUUUGUCCAAUGCAGUCACGUUUUCCUUUCUGUAGUUUAUCUCUGCCGCCUUCUCCUAGUUUGUUUGGAAUCAUGUUGUACAAAAAGAUCAUGUUGUAGUUUUUCAUUUUAUGUAUGAAAUUCUGACUUUUGGUCCUUUCAAGUAUGUAUGACUCCAUGCAUUUUAAGUGUGUAUCUAAUUUCUUCAUUUAGUA